GCGCACUUUUUUGUUGCGGAUAUGAUUAUAGCAUCGCUAGAGAAAAUGAAAUGUAAUAUCCUAAGUCAACAAGCAGAGUCCUGGAUUGUGGAGGAAACAAGUGGAUCAGAUGGCAGCUUUCACACUGAUUCAGAGUUAUCUUCUUACCCUGGAGUGAAGAAGUCUGAUUCUUCUGUUGCCUCUUCAGACAGUGGUUACGAAGGCUGUGCUCUGCUGCCUGUCAGUUCCCCAGUCCAUCUACCAUCACAUCAUGAGGUUACCAGAUUUCAUUGCCACAGUGACUCAGAGGAUGAAUAUGUAAUUAUUGAACUUGAAGACCUUGAAAAUCUGUCUGUCACCACAGAUGAAAGAUCAUCUUUUGAACCAGGCAGCAAUUCUGCUGAAGCAACAGCCCAGGAGUUGUGCCGAGCUUUCAGAAAACACUGGUUGCAGACAGACUCUGCAGUUCAACUGUCUGGUUGCCUGAGCUCAUCUAAGCAGAGAUUUGUGCUGAAAGAAGAGAUUCCAAGAGAGCUUGAGUCCAGUUUGAAUCUGGCUGAAGAAAUAAAGAUCAUAUCAAAAUUAAGAGGAUCUUCUGGCUGGACCCCACCAAGAUCACAGAUUAUAUUUAAUAUUCACCCUUCAGUCAAGAGAGAUGUCGUGGUGGCUGCCCAAAACUUUACGUGUGUUGGUUGUGGAACGCCGAUAGAAAGCAAAUAUAUCAGGAGACUCCGCUAUUGUGACUACCUGGGGAAAUACUUUUGUGACUGCUGCCACAGCUACGCCCAAUCUUCCAUUCCUGCCCGAAUACUUUUGAAGUGGGACUUCAAAAAAUACUACGUAUGCAACUUCUCCAAACACCUACUGGACAGCAUAUGGCAGCACCCCAUUUUCAAUGUGUCCUGUAUUAACAAAGCCCUCUACACAAAAAGUAAAGAAAUGGACAGGGUGAGGGAGGUGCAAGAACAGCUUUUUCAUUUAAAAAAGCUUUUGAAAACCUGCAGGUUUGGUGAGAGUGUACUGAAAGAAUUUGAGCAAGUCCCCAGCCACCUGAUAGAGGAGCUGCAUCUCUUCUCGCUGGAUGAUCUGGUGAAGAUCAAACGAGGGCAUUUACUGCCCCUUCUUAAAGAUAUUCUGAAGAGCUCCACCUCCCAUGUGGAUGGUUGUGAGCUCUGUCAAGCGAAGGGGUUUAUCUGCGAAUUCUGUCAGAGUGCAGAUCUGCUCUUUCCACAUCAGAUUGCCAAAUGCAGAAGGUGCACAGAGUGCAAAACAUGCUUUCACAAAGCAUGCUUCAAGUCUGGAGGCUGCCCCAAAUGUCUGCGGAUCGCAGCUCGGAAGACAUUUUCAGAAACUCCAUCACUGGUGCCUCCGUGAAACUGGAUUCCUCUGACUGUUUAUUUCAGAAGAUGCUCAAAGACAAAUCUUCAGGUGCCUGACUAAGAAU